UCACAAAAAUUAUCUAAAACAUAUUGCCCCCCACAUCACCAUUCCAACAAAAGGGAAUAACAAAGAGGAAAUCCAAUUCCAAGCCAAGAAAAAGAAAGAAAGAAUAGGCUAAUUGCGAGUAGUGAGCAAUGGCUGCUUCCACACAAUGCUUCUUGCACCAGUACACUGCACUCUCUAGCCCUGCUAGAACACAGAGGUCUGUUUCAUCCCUCAAGCCUAACCAAUUGGUUUGCCGUGCCCAAAAGCAAGAUGAUGCCAACAACAACUUUGCUGUCUCUCGCCGAUUGGCUCUCACUGUCCUCAUUGGUGCUGCUGCCAUUGGAUCCAAGGUUUCCCCGGCCGAUGCUGCCUAUGGAGAAGCUGCAAAUGUUUUUGGCAAGCCAAAGGCAAACACUGAUUUCGCAAAAUACAAUGGAGAUGGAUUCAAGCUGGAAGUACCAGCCAAAUGGAACCCCAGCAAAGAAAUUGAGUACCCUGGUCAGGUUCUCAGAUUUGAAGACAACUUUGAUUCCACCAGCAAUCUCAUUGUCACUGUCACUCCAACUGACAAGAAGUCCAUCACUGACUACGGCUCCCCCGAAGACUUCCUCUCUCAAGUGGACUAUCUGCUAGGAAAGCAAGCCUACUUUGGUAAAACUGAUUCAGAGGGUGGAUUUGAAUCUGGUGCAGUGGCAACUGCAAACCUGCUGGAGGCAUCAAGCGCAGAAGUCGGAGGAAAACCAUACUACUACUUGUCAGUAUUGACAAGAACUGCAGAUGGAGAUGAAGGUGGGAAGCACCAGUUGAUCACAGCCACAGUGAAUGGUGGCAAACUUUACAUUUGCAAGGCACAAGCUGGUGACAAGAGAUGGUUUAAGGGUGCUAAAAAGUUUGUGGAGAAUGCUGCCUCUUCUUUCAGUAUUGCUUGAGAAUAAGAAAACCAUUAUUUAAGUUUGUAUCUACUUAGUUGAUCUCCCCCUUCUUCAAAACAUAUGGUGCUGAGAUGAGUUGCUCAAUUGGACUACUUCCUUUUUUCUCUUUUCAACCAACCCCAAAAAAGUUACUGGAGAUGUUUGAAGUAUUGUUGGAGGAAGCUAAUGUUAAUAAUUUAAAUAUUUUCUUUGCAUA